GGAAAAAGAGUAGAUUUAUUUUUGCGACACAUUUUAUCGACAUACGACAUCAAAAAUGGAGGCAGCAAAAGCAGGAUGUUUUGUUUCCAACCGCUUUGCGGUGCCGUAUCCUGAUUGGUCAGUGGAGAUGCUUUCUCGCAAUCUGAUUGGACAUUGUUCGCGGAUAGGCUGUUUUAGCCAAUCCGAGACGAAGAGGCGGGUUUUACAGAGCACGGGUGGGCAAACAAGGAAGCAGCAUGGGUGAAUGGAGGGUUUAGUCGCUGCCUGGUGUUGCACUUUGAGCUCGAACUCGGUUUGCUUCCAGAACAUUCGCGAUGCACGAGCGGCUCCUUCCCGCCUCGCCCAACUGGUACUGCUCGCGCUGCAGUGACGUGAGCCGCCGCGGUGUGCUGGGCUUCGGCGCGAAGAGCUCGGUGUUCCUGCUGGAAGUCAGCGCGUCCUCGGCAGCAGCGCUCGGUGAGCUGAGGGGCCACACCGAGAGAGUGUCGGGCUUCUCCUUCUGCAGACACGAUGGACAGGAAGACGUGUGCGCGAGCAGUUCAGAUGACAAGACCAUCAAGAUCUGGGACUCUGAGCGGAGGGUGAUGUUAGAGGAGCAUCAGGUCCACCAGAAUACUAUCUCGGCCCUCCACUGGUCUCCGACGCAGAAAGCCUUACUGGUGUCCGGAGAUGAGAAAGGGGUUGUGGUGUGCCACUGGUUUGGCCGAGGAGACACUCGCAGCUUCUUCCCCGAACCCAGGACCAUCUUCUGCUUGUCCUGCUCUCCACACACUGAGAACCACGUCGCCAUUGGCUACAAGGACGGAAUGAUUGUCCUGAUAGACAUCAACAAGAAAGGAGAGGUGAUCCAUCGCCUGCGAGGUCACGAAGAGGAGAUCCACGCUCUGGCCUGGUGUCCCGAUCCCCACGAGGACACGCUGUACAGUCGGGCCGACGACAACGCCGACGUGUCCAACGAGCUUGGAGAAGUCGAGCAGGGCGGUUACCUCGCUUCGGGUAGUCGGGAUCAGACCAUUCGGAUCUGGAGCACGACAAGAGGCAAGGGUGUUAUGACCCUGAAGCUGCCGUUUUUGAAGAGGCGAGGUGUGGGCGUGGACCCUGGGGUGAAGGAGAGGCUCUGGCUCACAGUGCACUGGCCUAAAGGAAGACCUUCACAAGUCGUCUCCAGCUGCUUUGGAGGAGAGAUGGUGGUCUGGGACCUCACAAGAUCAGGCAAGCAGAAGUGGACUCUGCUGGGCAGCUCGUCAGACGGUCAGAACCACAGCCGCAUCGUCUUCAACAUGAGUUCAGUGUGUGUGGACGGCCGAGAGCUUCUCGUCAGCACAUCCAUGGACAGAGACGUUAAGUGUUGGGAUCUGGAGACGCUGGAGUGCUGCUGGACUUUACCCACCAUGGGCGGCUUCAUUUACUCCAUGAGCUUCUCUCCGGUGGCCACGGGCUGCCUGGCGCUUGGCGUCGGGGACAACAUGAUCCGCGUGUGGAACACGCUGUCCCUCCAGAACCCGUACGAAACCAGGACCUUCUGGCAGGGCAUCAAGUCCAAAGUCACGGCUUUGGCCUGGCAUCCGGUGAAGGAGGGAUCUUUAGCGUUCGGUACAGACGAUGGAAAAGUUGGGAUCUAUGAAGUUUAUUCCAACAAGCCCCCACAGAUCUCCAGCACAUACCACCGUAGAACGGUCUACUCUCUGGACUGGGGUCCUCCCGUCCCCCCUCUAUCAUUCGGUACGGGAGAUAAACCUGACUACACGCUGUACAGCUGUGCCGGAGAAGGCGUCAUCUUUCAGCAUGACCCAUGGAAGCUGUCUGACGAGGCCAGCAACAUCGAUAAACUCAUCCGAGACUCGAACAACAUUAAACACAAGCUCUCUCCUCACACAGACCUGAGCUGGAAGCCCGAUAGGAAGGUCCUGGCUAUUGGAAAUGAAGACGGCUCUAUAGAAGUGUACCAGGCCCCGAGUCUGAAGCUCCUGUGCACGGUGCAGCAGCACCAUAAAAUCAUCAACGCACUGCGCUGGCACCAUCAGCACUCCGGCCAACCCGAGCUACACUGCCUGCUCGCCUCCGGCUCCAGCAACGCCCUCGUCUACAUCCACGACCUGCGCAGCGCUAUCGAGAACCCGCCUGAGAGUCCGGUCCUGGUGACUGAAGCGUUCCGCACUUUAUCCGGUCACACCAACAAGAUCACGGGUUUGGCGUGGAGUCCUCACCACGACGCUCACCUGGUCACCGUCUGCUACGACGGUACGGCUCAGGUGUGGGACGUGCUGAAGCAGGAGCCAGUGUGUAACUACCGAGGUCACACCGGGCGCGUGCUGUGCGUCCAGUGGUCGCCCGUUAACCCUGACCUGAUCUGGACCGGCGCCGACGACUUCACGGUGCAGGAGUGGGCGGCGUCCAAACAGGAGCACGUCAGACCCCCGAAGAGUAGGAGACGUGCGGAGAUGGAGAAAAAGAAAGCACCGACCAAGAAAGCCAAGAAGAAGAGGAAAGUAGCAGAAAAGCGUGCGGUGAAGACGGACGAGAGCGACUCGCUGAUGGGAGAGGAGGCCGCGGGAGGAACCGGAAGCGGAGGGGAGGAGGGGCAGACGGAGGACGAAGCAGAAGAUGAAGAGAGAGAGCAUGGUGUCUCCACGGUCACGGGUGUGUCUCAGGAGACCAGUUCAGUCUGGGAGAAAGCGCACGUGAAUGGAGAGAGAUCUUUUCCAACUGUGAGGAAAGAAGAGAAGGAGGAGAAGAAGAAGGACAGAUUAGAUCUGUGCAUGAAGAAGAGGAAGCCGCGCUCCAUCCUUCCUCUGAGCACCUCCAUGGACCACCGAGCCAAAGAGGAGCUUCAGCAGGACUGCCUUACGCUGGCCGCCGUCAAACACGCGCAAGGUCAGACGGAGAACUGUGUCCCGGGAACCGGUGACCACAUCCAGCUCGGGUUGUUCACAGACAGACAAGCUCUCUACAGGAUGUUCCAGGAGGAGGAGGACAGUCACGUGGAAGCAGGACAUUACGAGUCGAUGAUGUAUCUGAGGUUGUGGAAAGGAGAUCUGCCUGGAGCUCUACAGCUCGCCACGGAGAAAGGACAGCUGAAUGACCACUUAGUGAGCUUAGCACCUAUGGCUGGUUUUCAGGUGUGGGUCAGGACAGUCGAGGCUUACGUGAAGCAGCUGUGUAUGCAGGAGCAGUUCCUCAAAGCCGCCUCGCACCUCGUGUCCAUUAACAAACUCUACGAAGCCAUCGGCCUUCUCAAAUCUCACCAGUUUUACAGGGAAGCCAUCGCUCUGGCCAAAGCCAGGCUGCAGCCUGAGGACCCCGUGCUGAAGGACCUCUAUACGAGCUGGAGCGCCAUGCUGGAGAGGGACGGACAUUACACCACCGCGGCUAAAUGUUAUCUCGCUAUGGGCUCCGGUUUCGACGCAGCCAAGGUCAUCGCUAAGAAAGGGGACGUAAUGUCACUAAAGGCGGCCGCCAGCCUGGCGAAGCUGACCGGCGAGCGGGAUCUGUGCCACUCGCUCGCUCUGAGAUGUGCCAAAGACCUCGUGCAGGCGCAGGACUGGCUGGCGGCGCAGGAGAUCCUCAGCACGCAGGCCUCCUUACUGGGUCACAGGCUUGUGUUCUGCGUGUGUGAGCUCCUCGCUCAGAGACUCUCGCACACCGGCUCGGUGACGUGGACCCCGCUGUCCUCUCACGCCUGGUCUAAACCCGGAGACGAGCACUUCCUCGCCGCUGUACAGAGCGUGUGGAGGAGCGCGUUGGCGCUCGACGCUACAGAUCCGACCCACCUCGGAGCGCUCCGGCAGCAGCUGAGAGCCGUAGAAAACCCGCCCACGACAGCCGGAACACCUGUCAAACAGUUGUUACCUCACAUGGCCUUGGACGUGGCCCUUUGUGCUCUCAGUGAGCUCCUGGCUGACUGCGACUCGCUGCUUCAGGAGCUUCUGAGAGCUUUGACGCGAGUCUUCAAGGCGAAUCAUUUUCCUCUCAUGGAUGAAAUGUGCCAGCUUUUGCUCCCUGGAGGUAUGGAUUCCUUAGCGGUCUAUAAACAAAGGGUGCAGACCGACGGAGAAUGUUUAGGUUCCUCUCAAAGUCUGGAAGCUCUGGUCUGUUACCAGCUCAUGUACAAAAACUGGUGGAGAUGUUGUAACCCCGAACACGUCACUGUCCACCAGGCGGCAGUAGAGAACGGAGAAAACGGAGACGCCGCUCAGCAGAGUGAACCCAGAGACGCUGAAGCUUUUGGUCUGAGCUCUGAAGGGUCAGUCAGGGAGGACUUCUGGAACGUUCUUCUCUCUGAGCCCCACGCUGCUCUCCAGUCCACACAGAGAGCUUUAGAAGGCAUCCAGAGCAGAGUGGCCGCGCUGGUCCAACAACACAGCCACGUGCAGGGGGAGUCCGAGGAGCCCAUGGAGGAACAACACACCUCUGAUCCGGAGAGCAGAUCUUCUGCAGAAGUCGAGUCUUUCCCUGUCCUGGUCGCUCGGGUCGCUGAGCUUCAGAAAACCCUCGCUGCUGUUCCUGACCGUGUGAAGAACUACGCCUUCCCCGACGUGCUUGAAUGUUGUCUCGUGCUCUUGUACACGGAUAAGCACUUGGGCGGGGUUUCGCCUCGUCUCCGUGAGAGGGCUUCGACGUUGCUCCUCGCCUACGCGUCUCCGGGGUCACUCUACAGCACGCGGGAAAGAUUCAGUUUAUAAAUCAACAAUAGCACUUAGUUAUUUUCUCUUUUUGGAUUUUGGUUUAAUGUUUACACGCAUAAACAGCGAUAUUAUUUUGUCUGAACCUUAAUAAAUGUUUACUUUUUCCC